AUGCGGUCAAAAUUGGGGUCGCUCGUCACGUUCCCAGUGAUCCACCUUAUCAGCUUCUCCCCCCUCAGCUUGCCGAAGAACCUCUGGUUGGAGUACCUCAGGUGGCAGGUCUCGUUCCACAUGACGGCGGCCUUUUUGUAG